CAAUUGGGUACUACACCGAAUUUCGACUUGGUUGUGUACCAGGCAUCUGCGGACAUUUUCAAUUUAAAAAUAGCAUAUUUACACCCGUCUGCGCGCCCAGAUCAGUCUAGAAUUUUCCUCGUGGUUGCAUGGACUGCAGCGGGCUUUUCGCGAGUAUAAAAUUGGAUCACAUGUGAGGGAGGUGCAUAAUUUUCCGAUUACAAGUGGAAUUGAUAAGAAAGUUCUUAGCAUGACGAAUGAAAAUAAAGCUGUAGAGGAGUGCCUUGUGUACAAGGAAAAGGGCAACGAGGCGUUCAAAAACUCCAAAUGGGACGAGGCCAUCGAGUACUACACGAAAGCGAUCAAAACUGGCGAGAAGAGUCGAGAGCUUCCGGUGUUCUACAAAAACCGCGCGGCGGCGUACCUUAAGGUAAAUAACUACGAUGCGGCCGUAGCAGACUGCACGGAAUCCCUGGAAAUAAGCCCGAACGAUCCAAAGGCUUUAUUCCGCCGUUCUCAAGCUUAUGAAGCGUUGGAAAAGUACGAGGAGUCGUACAAGGAUGCGGUCGACCUAUGGAAAGCGGAUCCUAAUAACAAAGCCAUUCAACCAGUCCUAGAAAGACUGCAUGCAAUCGUUCAAGAACGCAUCACCCGAAACUCCCAGACUUCGUCGAAAGUGAAACAAAUGUGCGAACUGGCGUUCGAUAUGGGUGCGCCGCUUGAGAAGCGAAAGUCCGCCAUGAACAAUUUGGUAGUCCUCGCGAGGGAAUCUGUUGGGGCUGAUUUGAUUUUCAAGGAAGGAGCCUUGAAGAAGAUCGCUUCGCUUGUUAAAACCGAGAAGAACGAGGAGAUCUACUUGAAUUCGGUGCGAGUUAUCGCCGAGAUAUGCAAUCGCAGUAUUGACCGCACGAAGGCAGUUUUGCAACACCUCGGAGUGCCCUGGUUCCUGAAGGUUCUGGACAGCAAGAAUCAGGAAAUAGUUAAUGCGGCACAGUUCUGUCUACAAACAAUCCUGAAUACAUUUUCCGGGAUGGACAAUAAGCCCGAAUCCAAACCAAAUCAGGAAAUGUGCGACAAGUACAAGAAGGAAAUCGACACAUUGCUCACUUGCAUGGUUUACACAAUUACGGAUCGAACGAUUUCGGGAUUCGCGCGCGAUGCUGUGAUUGAGGUCAUCACAAGGAACGUCCAUUACAACACCUUGAACUGGGCUGAGCGUUUUGUUGAAGUUCGGGGUCUGGUACGGUUAAUGGAGGUCUGCUCGGAGUUGGAGGAGUACAAGUACGAGAGCGCGAUGGAUAUCACGCCUUCUUCGAGGACGAUUGCUUCGGUUUGCCUGGCGCGAAUUUAUGACAAUAUGUACUACGACGGGGCCCGGCAGAAGUUCACGGAGCAAAUUGAGGAUUAUAUCAAGGAUAAACUGUUGUCGCCUGAUUUUGAGGCGAAGGUGCGUGUCACAGUCGCUAUUACGUCGUUGUUGUUGGGACCAUUGGAUUUCGGCAAUGCCAUUAUUUCGAAGGAAGGCAUUCUACAGAUGAUUCUAGCCAUGGCAACAACAGAUGAUAUACUUCAACAAAAAGUCGCUUGCGAAUGUCUCAUAGCCGCUGCGUCGAAGAAGGAUAAAGCAAAAGCCAUUACAAACCAAGGAGUUGAUAUCCUGAAACAGCUCUACCGGUCAAAAGAUGAAGGGAUUCGUGUUCGUGCCCUGGUCGGCCUAUGUAAAUUAGGAAGCUCGGGCGGUUUGGAUGCAUCAGUUCGACCAUUUGCUGAUGGUGCUACUACUAAAUUAGCUGAAGCCUGCAGGAAGUUCUUAGUUAAACCCGGAAAAGAUAAAGAUAUUCGUAAGUGGGCAGCAGAAGGUUUGGCUUAUUUAACUCUUGAUGCAGACGUUAAAGAAAAAUUGGUUGAAGAUCGGCCAGCUAUUCAAGCCCUUGUGGAAUUGGCUAAGACUGGAGAUCAAUCGGUUCUCUAUGGUGUUAUCACGACAUUUGUAAAUAUAUGCAAUGCGUAUGAGAAACAAGAAGUUCUACCAGAAAUGGUAGAACUCGCAAAGUUUGCUAAGCACCACAUCCCCGAGGAGCACGAUCUGGACGAUCCAGAUUUUGUGAGCAAGCGUGUAACGAUUCUUGGAAAUGAAGGAGUGACAAGUGCUUUAGUGGUUCUAUCGAAAACAGAAAGCCAUAGUUCAAGGGAACUUAUCGGAAGAGUUUUCAAUGCGAUGUGUGGUGUGCCGGAAUUGCGUGGCAAAGUAGUGCAAGAUGGAGGUGCAAAAGCUUGUCUGAUACUUGCCCAAGAAGGCACAGAAAAGGGUAAACGGCAAGCUGCACAAGCAUUAGCUCGUAUUGGAAUUACGAUAAAUCCCGAAGUAGCCUUCCCAGGUCAGCGUAGUUUAGAAGUCAUACGUCCGCUUCUUAACCUUCUUCAUCCCGACUGCACAGCUCUGGAGAAUUUCGAAUCCAUGAUGGCCUUGUGUAAUUUGGCCCAAAUGAGCAACGAAGUAAGGGAACGUCUUGUUAAAGAAGGCGCACUAUCAAAAAUCGAACCAUAUCUUAUGGAGGAUCAUUUGUAUUUAACUCGAGCUGCGUGUCAAUGCAUUUGUAAUCUUAUGAUGUCGGAGGAAGUUGUGAAGAAACACGAGGGCGAAAAUGAUCGAGUGAAAUUCCUAGCAUUACUUUCACAAGAAGAAGAUGAAGAAACUGCUUUAGCCACCACGGGAGCCUUAGCGAUGCUAACUUCCGUUAGCAAGAAAGGUUGUGAGAAAAUAUUUGAUGCAUCAAGUUGGCUUGAUAUAAUGAGGACAUGGGUAGCAAAUCCUAGUCCUGGAGUGCAGCAUCGUGGUGUGGUUAUUCUUUUGAAUAUGCUCAAUGCUAGCCCAGAUAUUGCAAAGCGUAUACUAGAAACGGACAUUUUGCAAUUAUUGAAUGGGCUGUCACAGCUACCGGAUGAGACGAGAGCAAAGGCACGUGAAGUGGCACAGCAAUGUUUAGCGGUUGCAGAAAAGUAUAAACUACUUAAACAUGGAUCGGCUAACGAGGACGAUGAUGAUGAACCGGAAUCAGCGGAGACAGCGGAGACUGCGCAAAAGGAGCUAAGAGAAAAUGUUGAUUAGUUACGAGAUAUUUCGAAAUUUAUUUUGUAAAAUUGGCCUUUAUUGUAUGUUAUUUAUGUACUUAAAUUUGUUUGUAUUUAGAGUUUAGUAAAUACCGAAGUGUUUUUAAUAUACAUUUUUUACUAAUAAAUAUUUGACAGUUUUCAUUUU